AUGAGGCGUACAGCGAGCAGAAGUGCUCAGCAGAAGUCUGCAGAGCCUAACUCUAGCUUUUCUGCCGCAGCUGCAGAGAUGCUGAACGAUGACGCCGCAGCUGCGCUUCAAUGUGCACCUCAUUCAGCUGUAAAAUCGGGGGUAGACUUCGCAACGGGGAAAACGCUCGACGAAAUGCCUAAGGGAGGAGCAAAGCUCUCGACAGUACAAGGCUAUACAGCGUCGCCGUCCGAAGCAGACGACGUGAGGAGCCACAGCGAGGACGUGGCACCUGCCGUCGCUUCUUUGCACAAGCGCUCCUCUGCUCCUUUAGUGCUACUCCUGCUAUUCCUCUCCGGCACCCUCGUGGCAGUCCCCUCAGCUCUGUGCUCAAAGAUGCUGCUCAUUGGUGCAGCAUCGCUUGCUGCCUUCGCAGCCGCAGACUUUCUGAUGCCUACCCUUGGAAACAAAUUAAAGGCCCGGGAGCUUCCGGUGUGCUAAUUGUUGCAGCUGGUGGAAUUUCCUGCUGCCCUGUUGGGGGCGACAUCCAUGGGAUUCUUGGGGUUUGCUGAUGACGCUCUGGCCCUCCCGUGGCGUGUCAAGCUGCUGCUGCCGCUGCUGGCUGCAGCUCCUAUCCUGGCCGCGUAUAGCGGCAGCACUACUGUAGUGCUGCCCACGCAGGUGUACAGCCACCUUAGGCACUGCUCCUGCGCUGCACUGAGGGCUUUACACCAAACAAUCGUGGCACCUGCAUUUUGUGUGUCCGUCUGUGUGGUGCUUCUCGCUGUAGGGAUUAACGGCCUCGAAGUGGGGCAGUCGACAGUGAUUGCAGCCUUUGUCUGCAUUCAUAACAUUAUCGAGGUCAACUCUGGAUUGGCGUCGACCGAAGCUGCCAAAGUUAUUGCGGCUCAGCAGCAUUUUCUCUCGCUGGUCCUUUGCCUCCCGUUCUUAGCCACUUCUCUGGCACUACUUAAACACAAUUGGUACCCCUCUCAGACAUUCGUUGGGGAUACGUACACGUAUUUCGCGCUUCUAGGCCUCGUACGGUGCCCUCGACAUCGCACUCCGCGGUAUCUUGAGGACAGCAACCUGCUCGCAGCCUCUCCGAAUUACACUCUCAUCAAUGUCAUUCUCCGGGUAUGCGGUCCGAUGUCUGAGCAACGGCUACUGCGUAUCUUGUUGCUGUUGCAAGUUGUAUCCUGUGUCUUCGGGCUCUUUGUGCGGUACUCUGUCCAAACUGCAUGA